CAGAGUGGCCACACGGGCCAGACGGGCGUGGAUGGCUCCAAACAGAGCGUAGACGGGCGUAUGUCGCCUCCUUGGACGUCCAAGUGGAACAUCGACAUCACUUUGUUGGCCGUGGUCUAUUCUAGAGAAUUACUGCAAUAGCCGCAAUAGCCGCAUUGCCACCAUGGCGGCCAGCCGCAAGCUACAGGCCGAAAUUGAUCGGUGCCUGAAGAAAGUUGCCGAAGGUGUGGAAAAAUUCGAGGAGACCUGGCAAAAGGUGCAUUACGCGUCCAACACCAAUCAGAAGGAGAAGUAUGAGGAAGAUCUCAAGAAGGAGAUCAAGAAGCUCCAACGCUUGCGCGACCAAAUCAAGACCUGGAUCGCCUCCGGGGCCAUCAACGACAAGUCCAUUCUCAUGGAGAAGCGCAAACUCAUUGAAAUGCAAAUGGAGAGAUUCAAAGUGGUCGAGAAAGAGACAAAAACCAAGGCCUACUCCAAAGAAGGCCUGACGUCGGGUGGUCGGCUUGAUCCGGCCGAACGGAAACGGGCCGAGACGAGUCAGUGGCUGAAUCAGUGUCUGGACGCCAUCAAUUUGCAAAUCGACACGUUCGAAACGGAAAUCGAGAGUCUCAAUACGUCAAAAAAGAAGAAGCAUCGCAAUGAGAAUGCCGAGGCCAUCGAGGAAUAUCAGAGGCUGCUGGAGAAACACAGAGAUCACGUACUCAAGUUGGAAACCAUUCUCAGAAUGUUGGACAACGACACGGUCAACAUGGAUCAGAUCAAAGAUAUCAAGGACGACGUGGAGUAUUACAUUGAAAAUUGUCAAGACCCAGAUUUCGCCGAGAAUGAGCUCAUUUAUGAAGACAUUGAUGGUCUAGAAGACAUGCUACAGGAGAUCUCCUCGGCUAGCAAUUUUCGUGAUAAGAGCACAGGACCCGGUGGUGACCUUCAAUCUCACGAUCGAGCGGAUAGUGCUUCGAUCGAGUCGAAUUCGGCCGGUUCUCCCCCACCAAAUUCUUCUGCUGCCUCCUCGUCGUCGUCGACCACGACGUCGAAUCAUUUGCACAACCAACAUCCCAACAAUGAUAUUGAGUCAGGUUCCGGGUCGUCGUUCUCGAGUAGUAAACGGAGACACAAAUCCUCGAGUGAUGAUGGUAGAACACGGGAACAACAUCAGAGUGGCUCAUCCACACCCUCCUCGGCGGUAGCUCCCUCAUCGUCAUCCACGUCAUCCAUUCUUCCUGUAUCAUCCGCAUCCAACUCCAACCUGACCUCUACGAGUUCCAAUCCCAUGACGGCGGUCUCAAGCCUCUCCAGCAAGUUAUCCCCGUCCUCAUCUUCAUCCUCCUCCUCCUCCUCCAACACCAUCGUGGCGGCGUCUAACAACGUCGUCAACAACAACAACAAUAACAACAAUAAUUCCACUGCAGCAAUUGCUGCUACCGCUGCCGCCAAGUCCAACUCCAGCUUAGUGAUCUCCCAACAAAGCCCUCACCUGGCCACGGGUAGUUCCAACAACAGCAGCGGAGGCGGCAACAACAGUAGUAGUGGUGGUGGAAGUAGUAGCAUCAACAACAACAAGGUCGUGAGUGGUAACAUCAACAACAACGGCACCAAGUUUGUCCAAAGUGGGAGCAGUAGAAACAUCAACAACUCGUCUCCGAGUUCAGGAAGUGCUGGUGGACUAGUGACUUCAAAUGUCGUGCUUGACGGAAGUGCCGCUUCCUCGGCCACAAACUCGCCCGCCAUCAUCACUUCAGGCACGGCUCAGCCCAACUUUGCGGCGGCCGUGCAGCAAUUGAAUGGUCAUGCGUCUUCUCUGUCAGAAGGCACCAACUCAUCUUCAACAACAAAUCCGAGUGGUCUCAUGAACGGGCCCUCCAGUGUUGGCCCAAUGUCGUCGUUGUCCUCGACUUCCGCGUCGAGCAACAUCAAUAACAACAACGGCCUCUCCGCCUCGAUUGCGUCCUCAGCUCCAAGCUCCAGUCUCAACACUCCUCCAAGUUCAGCCAGCCUCUUCAGCUCUGCCAACAGUACGAUUGCUGCCGGGUCCGUGUCCAAUCUACAACAACAGCAAUUGGCCCAUGCCGCCAGUCAACAGCUAGCAGCUGGAGGAGUCGGAGGAAACGACUCCGGUAAUGGGAUGAAAUCAUCGAAUGACGACUCAUCGAGUGGAUUGCCCACGUUGAAGACAAUGGCACAAGAGGCACUCCCCUCGAUAGUGAAUCGGAACCACCAUUCCGCUCAGAGUGUGACAGUCUCGUCGGCCCCGGGUCUUGCGGGUCUGGGAGGCUUGUCGUCCUCGUCUGCGGUCUCAAUCAGUCAAUCAGGUCUUUUCGCCUCGGAAAACGGGACGACAGCCGAUGGCUCUAAGGUCGUGAACAACAUGUCCCCGUCCUCAGGUUUGGGAAUGAACCACCGUGUGGGUCGAUCCGAGUCGCAUCUGCAUUCAACUGAGGCUCACAUUCCACCUCUGUUAGGGGUGGCACCCUUGGGACCCGUUCCUCUGACCAAGGAGACACGGUUCCAGUAUCACAUGCUCGAAGCUGCAUUUUCCCACAUGCCUCAUCCCUCGGACUCAGAGCGGCUGCGGCCUUACCUGCCCCGCAACCCUUGCCCAACCCCGCCCUACUACCCGCAGUUACCGUCCCAGGGGUCUGACACGCUGGAGUUUUUUCAGCGAUUGUCCACGGAAACUUUGUUCUUCAUCUUCUAUUACAUGGAAGGGACGACAGCGCAGUAUUUGGCGGCGAAGGCUCUCAAAAAGCAGUCUUGGAGGUUCCACACCAAGUACAUGAUGUGGUUCCAAAGACACGAAGAGCCGAAACUCAUCAACGAUGAAUUCGAACAGGGCACGUAUAUUUAUUUCGACUUCGAAAAAUGGGGACAGAGGAAGAAGGAAGGUUUCACUUUCGAGUACAGGUUCUUGGAAGAUCGGGACCUGAACUAGGGGCAUCGAUCGUAUUUCACUCGGUCUAAGUUGAGAUGGUGCGACAGUCUCCUUAUUCAGCAAACAACAAAACUCUACGCCGAAGCGGUCUGAUCCACAAGUAAUACCACUUUGGCCACGACGACUACUUCGAUUGCUACAAUGAUUACACAACAACCACCAACCACCCAACCAACUACAAGAUGAUGAAGAAUACGAAAGAACUGACGCGGAACGACCAUCCAUCCAUUUGCAAAGCCGAGUUGGACAUCAAAACGCGCGGCUGAUGAAUCUCUGCCAAAUGGAACAUCAAGAUAUAUAAGAAAUUUGGGCAGACCAUUGCAAUAUUUUAACUACAAAAUGAUGAUGGUUCAUAUUCAAAAACACUUAGAGUGAUAUAUACUUGACUUUUUUUGUUCGGA